AUGGAUCAACAACAUAGAAAAAAAACACAUGAAGAAUACCAGCAUCAACAAGGAAAGUGCAAUCGAAAUUGGUGCAUGGAGUGCCACAGAGAAGUUUCUCUUUUUUUUGAAUGUUUGGACCCGGUGGAUGAGUUGAAGAUGUUUGUUGAUGCAUAUUUGGCAAAUGAAGAGUGGAAGAUUGUUUUGUACGAUGUCAUUGCACAGCACGAGGAGUUUGUGCAAAUGAGGCAAUUGGUUAUUAUAAGGAAGUUUGAGGGACAAAGUGCUGCUCUGGAUUUUGAGCAUGUUGUAGAUUAA